UUCGUUUCAUCCUUGGCCAGUGGUUUCAUCUGACUCCACCCAGGAGAGAGCUUUCCUACUUAAGGCUGAGUCUCCAGGCUACAGACGUCCUGCCCAGGAUCUGCUGCUGGGUGGAAGAGCCAAGCCCUCGUCCCUCACAGUGACACGAUGGCCGCAGGAAAACUGAGCAAGGAGCAGCUGAAGGAGAAGCUGGAUGCCCUUCAGUGCCACUUCACCUGGAUGUUGAGUGUUGAAUCUUGCAGCCCUCAGCAUCUCCUGCAGAAGCUGGAUGUUGAUAUCAAGCACACGGCCCCCAAGAACAAGGUGGCCCUCCUGGGGCUCCAGGCCUACCUGCACCAGCUGAACAAGCAGAGUGAGGAAGCUCUGCAGAGCCUCAGAGCUGCUGAGGAACACAAGGAAGAGGAGCAGCCAGCAUCUGCUGCUGGCUCUUUGAUCAUCUACGGGAAUUAUGCUUGGGUUCACUACCUCCAGGGCUCCUACCAGGAGGCUGAAACCUGCCUGAGCCAACUCUGGGGGCUGUGCCCAACUCCCUGGGACGCGCGGCUGAUCGCGCACACCCAGGCCCUCAAGGGCUGGUCCCUGCUGGCUCUCAGAGCCCGAAACGGGGAGCGGGCGAGGGAGUGCUUCCACACGGCCUUGAUGCUGGAACCAGAGAACAGCUCCUUCCGCGCUGGGCUUGCAAUGGCUCUCCAUUCCUCCUGGAGCUUCUCCUGGCAACCUGAUACUGAAAGAGAAGCCAGAAUCCAGUUGGAAAGAAUCGUCAACGAGCAGCCAGAUAACUACAGAGCCAAAAUAUAUUUGGCCAGGCUACUUGAAAAAGUAGAUGAGCAAAAGUCAAUUGGCUUAGUUAAAGAAUGUGUAGAGAAAAGCUCUGACCCCGAGGUCCUCAAACUAUCAGCUUUGUUCUGGAUGCCACAGUCGACAGAGCAAGCCUUUGGGAUCAUCCAGCAAGCCCUGCAGCAGAACCCAGGUUACCACCUUCUCUACCAGGCCUUUGCCAACUGCUACAAGCAACAGUGGCUCAAAGCAAAGGAGGAAGACAAGAAUAAGAUCCGGUGUAAAGCCAUCAAGGACCUCCAGCAAAUUGUUCAGACACAUCCAGACCUUGACCUUACACUUGCCAAGCUGCAGCUGGCAGAGUUCAUUGGUGUACAAGACCCAGCAAAGGAAAAAGAGAUCUACAUGGAGCUGCAGAAGAAAAUCGACACCCUGAGCCUCAGAUGCCAGCAAGCCCUGAGUCUCUCGUGGGGAAAGUACUUCCUCUACCGAGGAGGAUCCCAGGAGAAGGCAAAAGCCAAGUUCAUGGAAUGCUACAAGAUUCCCGUGCAGACAGACCACAGGAGGGACUGUGGGCGCAGGCUGCUGAAGAUGGCUCAGGUCUGCAAGGGGAGGGGUGACACCAAGGCUGCCAACGCCAUCCUGCACUUCCUCCAAGAGGCCGACCGGCACUGCCCAGGGAACCUGUGGCCCUAGGUUUAGAGGAUCAGGAUCGCCCCAGCCCACAGAGAAUUUGGCAUGACUGGCCUGUCCAAAUGCAUUAAAUGCUGCUGAUUAAGGAGCCCACAGGGGUGAUUUUAUCUGCAUUAACCCUCAGAAGCACACACAUGCCUGCCCCUGCCUGGACAUAAACCAGGAGCUUUUUUGUACUGGUUCCCACCAGGAGUAAUAUUUUCAUCCCUGUUUCUGGAGCUAAACUGAGGCUUUUAAAAAUCUUUGAUUUAUAAAUAUUUCUCUGCAUGGUU